AAGGUGAUUGAUCCUGUGGCGCCACGUUUCACGGCUCUCUCAACAGAGGACGAGUUGGUGAAGAUAAAAGUGAAUGGACAAAGUAAAGCAGAGUCAAAAUCCGUCUCAGUGCAUCCAAAACGGACGGAUAUCGGUGAGAAAGAGAUAUGGUACGCUGGGACUAUCUACGUGGAACGAAUCGAUGCGAAUGAAAUGAAGAUCGGUGAUACGGUGACGUUCAUUAAUUGGGGCAAUAUGAAGAUUGCGGAUGUCAGAAAGGAUAAAAAUGGCAAAAUUGAGGGGAUUAGCGCCGAUUUGGAUUUGGACAAUAAGGUUAGCACACAACCAACUCAUGCUCUUUGCUCUGAUCUUUCAUUUCAUUCACUGAUGUGUCUUUUUGUUGUGCAGUUUGUACGGAUUGAAUCAAAGUACUAUCAAAAUUGA